AUGGCGUUAGAAUACGUGCCCAUGAAUCUAGAUUCUCAUAUGGACCUGGUUAAUUAUAGUCACAAGUAUCCGGAUAUCACAAGAAUAUUGUUAGGGAUAGCAUAUUACCAUGAAAAUAAGGUUCUUCACGGGGACCUAAAGUCGGAAAAUUUGCUAGUUGACCCCAAAAAUGAUACUGUGAAGAUUUGUGACUUUGGCCUUGCUAAGUCAUUUGUAUGCCCUAGCAGUAGCGCUCUUACUGCUCAGGUGGCGACGCUAAGGUACCGAGCCUCGGAAGUCCUCAUGGAUUUCACUGAGUACACUAUCGCGAUAGACAUGUGGGUGAUUUUCAGCAAGCUGGAGUGGCUAUCAGAAGAAUCGUGGCCCCAUGUCACACUACUCCCUAGCAAUCCACAUCCAAACCUACCCCUCGAAGAACCACCUAUGCCAUUCCAUUAUCCCUAUAUAGUUGUGUUAACAAUUGGUUGUAAUGGAGGCAAUAGAUUCAAAAGCGGUAUGAUUUUAGUCAAUCUUUUUUCUAGUGCACAUGGUUUGGAAACAGUUAAUUUGAGGAAUUGCUGCACUUUUACAAUAUUAUUCAACUGUUUGUCGAUGUAUGUCAUGGUUAAAGAUUGGAAGCCAGAGGAUGACGAUUAA